CUUAUCGUCACCAAAGAGGGCCAAAACCCCUAAUUCCUCACCGUCUCUGUAUUCCGGCGAAAUUUUUCGAUGGCAUUAUCGAAGCCGACUUUCUUCACACACCUCAAAACCCUAACCAGGUCCCAACAUUUACUGCACCAGGCUCCGGCUCCUCCCAUCGUCACACUCCGAUUUCUCUCUUUUGCAUCACCGGAGGAAGCUGCUGCCGAACGACGCCGUCGAAAGCGCCGCCUCCGCAUUGAGCCCCCGCUCUCUUCCUCCUCUGCCGCUCGCCCACAAUCGCAGCCUCCUAAGCCUCAAUCCCCACAAAACCCUAACGCCCCCAAACUGCCUGAGCAUAUCUCUGCUCUCUCUGGUAAUCGUCUUAACCUCCACAACCGCAUUCUUACUCUCAUUCGUGAAAAUGAUCUUGAAGAGGCUGCGCUUUUCACCCGCCAUUCCAUUUACUCCAAUUGUCGUCCCACGAUCUUCACCGUCAAUGCCGUUCUCAAUGCACUGCUUCGCCAAUCGAAAUAUUCCGAUUUGCUUUCACUUCACCGGUUUAUUACACAAGCUGGUGUCGCCCCCAAUAUAAUCACUCACAAUUUGAUUUUUCAGACGUAUUUGGAUUGUCGUAAGCCGGAUACGGCAAUGGAACAUUACAAGCAGUUGAUCAAUGAUGCGCCUUUCAACCCGUCGCCAACGACUUACAGGAUCUUGAUUAAAGGGUUGGUAGAUAAUAACAAGUUGGAGAGGGCAAUGGAGCUGAAAGAGGAAAUGACUAUGAAGGGUUUUGUUCCUGACCCUCUUAUUUAUCAUUAUCUGAUGGUGGGUUGUGUGAGAAGUUCGGAUCCUGAUGGAGUUUUUAAGCUUUUUGAAGAGUUGAAAGAGAAGUUGGGAGGGACUGUGGAAGAUGGAGUUGUUUAUGGGAGCCUGAUGAAAGGGUACUUUAUGAAAGAAAUGGAGGAGGAAGCAAUGAGGUGUUAUGAGGAGACUGUGGGUGCUAAUUCAGUGGUGAAGAUGAGUGCCAUUGCAUACAAUUCCGUGCUUGAUGCAUUAUGCAAGAAUGGGAAGUUUGGUGAGGCCUUGAUGUUGUUUGAUAGGAUGACAAAGGAACAUAGUCCGCCCAGGCGUCUGGCAGUGGACUUGGGAAGCUUUAAUGUGAUGGUUGAUGGAUACUGUAUUGAAGGGAGGUUCAAAGAUGCCAUUGAAGUAUUCGAGAAGAUGGGUGAUUAUAGGUGUAGCCCAGAUACAUUAUCAUUCAAUAAUUUGAUCGAACAAUUAUGUAAUAAUGGAAUGUUGGCUGAAGCUGAGGAGCUUUAUGGAACAAUGGGCGACAAGGGAGUUAACCCUGACGAGUUUACUUACGGUUUGUUGAUGGAUUCUUGCUUUAAAGCGAACAGGCCAGAUGAUGCAGCUGGAUACUUUAGAAAAAUGGUUGAGUCCGGACUUAGACCGAAUAUAGCAGUUUACAAUAGAUUAGUGGAUGAGCUGGUUAAAUUGGGGAAGAUUAACGAGGCAAAGGCUUUCUUUGACUUGAUGGUAAAGAAGUUAAAAAUGGAUGCCUCGAGCUAUCAGUUUAUGAUGAAGGCGUUAAGUGAAUCGGGGCAGCUGGAUGAAAUGCUAAAUGUGGUUGAUACUCUUCUGGAUGAUGAUGGGAUUGAAUUUUCUGAAGAGUUGCAGGAGUUUGUCAGAGGUGAGCUGAGGAAGGAAGAAAGGGAAGGAGAUUUAGGUAAACUAAUGGAAGAGAAAGAAAGAGUGAAAGCUGAAGCGAAGGCAAAGGAGGCUGAGGCAGCAGAGGCACAGAAAAGAAGUGCAAAAGCUGCGGUCUCUUCUUUACUGUCAUCCAAGUUGUUUGGGAACAAGGAAGGUGAGAAAGAAUCUGCAGUGAACGAAAUGCAAUCUGGUCAAGAAGACAGUGGUAAAACUGAACUCGCGGAAUCGAAUCCUUGAAGUGGCACAGUAGAAGGAAAGGUACCGAGAGGCGAGAAUUAAACAGUUACAGAUAUCCUUGCAACUGGUGAAAGCUUACAUUACAUUAGCUUUCUAUUAUUUGUAGCUACUUUCAUGGGUGAACUGCUUUUUGUUUCUUGUGUACUUUCUAUUAUUUGUUGCUAGGCUACAUUGCAUGGGAUGGAUGUGAUCCGUUUUCUGUUUAUCUUAACCCAUUAGGCAUGAGAAAGCUUUACAACAAUAAGAAAAUUUAUAACCUAUUGAC